CAGUCUGUGGGCAGAAUUUCUGCCCAGAGUCCGGGCAGCCACAGUGGACACAGGCCAGGCAGACGGGAGGGACUGAAGGCCAGGCUCUGAGGAUGGCAGAUGGAGGCCACGACCUGGCUGUCCGGAUGUCCACAGAAGACCAGAACAUAGAGGACAGGCUUAACUAUGACCUUAUAUUCAGUCACUUCAAAAGAUUGAAAGUGAAGAUUUCAUAUGCAAUAGAAAAGACAUUUCCAUUCCUUGAGCUCCUCCGUGACCAUAAAUUCAUCACAGAUAAAGUGUUUGAAGAUUGUCAAACAUCUCGGUUAAACCUGGUCCCUGUAAGUAAUGUGGUGUACAAUGUUCUUGCUGAGCUGGAGAAGAACUUUAACCUAGAAGUUCUGAAGAUAUUGUUCAGUAACAUCAACAUGAAGGAGUACCCUGCUUUAAUUCCUAUUCGUGAAAGCUUCAAAAGUGACUCUGUCUCUGGCUCGUCAGUGUUCCCAGACGAAUUGUAUUUACAAGAAAGUGAUGAAGAAGAGAGACAGGAAGGGCCCAGCAGCCAACUAAGCCUGGAACAAGGAACUGGUGAAAACAGUUUUCCAAGCCUGCCUGGACCACAUUCAGAUUUCUCCUUUUCCACUGGUACAACCCCACCUGAGAGUGGACUCUUGGAGCACUUCUGUGAAACAGAACAGGCAAACACAAGGAGAAAUGACACAACUGGAGAAAAAAAUGGUGCACUAGGAGGGCAACAAGCAAAUCAACAAUGUGCCCAACAGCCUGAGCCAGCAGUGUCCUGUGGACCAGUAGUGAAUAAUGGAGAUGCAAGAAAGGAGACACCUGGCCUAUUGCCCUGUAAUGAAGAAAGGGAAGAGCUGUCCAGCCACGGACACCAAAUGAAUUCCUGUUUUGUGCCUCUGGUGAAUAUAAUAAAGGAAAUACCACUUUUUGACUCAGAAGAUGAGCAGCAAGCCCAAGCAAGCACUAAACAUAACCAGGCAUCUGACACAAUAGAGAGAAAAACUGCCAUCCCCAGAGCUUUGGAAGGAAGAAGCAGCAGAACAGGCAAAAGAAGAGGUCCAAGAAUUCCCAGAGAUAAAAACAUGAAUUUUCAACUUCCAAAACUUCCUGUGACCUGUGGUAAAGCGAAGGGGACUCUAUAUAAGGAGUUAUUGAAAAAAGGAACUUCAGAGAAGUGUAUAUACAGUGAGACUGGAAGUUUGUUGACUCUAAGGGAAUUUGAAGUUGAAGGAGGCCUUGAAAAAUCCAGCAACUGGAAGCUAAGCAUACGCUGCGGUGGAUAUCCCCUGAAGGAACUGAUAAAGAAUGGAUUUCUACAAAAUCCACCAACAAGCAGAAAAAAGUGAUUAUCAAGUGACUUUCUGCUGAUGCCUCAUCGGUCAUAUUGUUGGUUUUCCAUUGCUGUGCCCUUGCUGUCUUUAAAUUGACCAAUCAUGAUAAAAUUUAAUUGUAUAA